AUGAAUAAUUUCUUAAAGUCAACUUCGCCAUCAUUACCGACUGGUCAACAUCUGUUUCAACAGUCACAACAGUCACAGCAACAGCAACAGCAGCAAUCGAAUCAAGGUAGAAGCAGGUCAGGUACAUUACCAACAUCAUUCAUCACAACAACACGUAACCAAUUGACUCCUAAUGGACAUAAUUUGUCCACCUCUACUUCAAACAAUACACUUGCCAACCCAUUAACCAGUAGUCCUUUGUAUCACACUGAACCCCAGAUAAGUAGUCACAAUGUCGGCAGCAAUCAAGACUUUUUAUUGACUGUCCCUACAUCCAAGGAUAGCGCUAUUUCAACAUCUCCACUUCACAAUAGCUUUAUGUCCAAUACAUCAAUGGCAACUGCAAAUGGCAAUAACAUCAACUUGAAUUUAAAUGUUGAUGGGAAUUUAAGUACCACGCCUACUCGAAGGAUGAGAUCAGGAUCAUUGUUUUCUACAAAUUCAAUUUGGAAUGAUGAUAACAACUCAUCUAAUAGUAAUCACAGUUUACAUUCAGAGUUUGUUAUAAGUCCAUCGUUGGAUGCAUCGUCGCCUUCUCACCAACAACAGUACUUGCAGCAACAUCAACAUCAACAGCAGCAGCAGCAGCAGCAACAACAACAAUUACAAUAUCAGCAGUCGUCUUUGCGUAAUAGAUCUUACACUACUAAUGCAGCUAUCCCUAGUGUCACCAUUAAUGCAACUGCUGAAUCAUUCAACAAUCAUAGCAACCCAACCCACAAUGGAUCAUACUACAGAAAUGGUGGUCUGAACAAAGUGUCAACAUCACCAUUCAUUUCCAUAGGAGGUAAAACUAACGACAACAAUUCACUAAUUGAUAAUUUUAUGUUGAAUGGGGAAGACGCAAGUGCAAACGCACCGAGAAUCAGAUCACAAACUUAUUCUGGAAGUACACCGCCAGGAGUCAAUGAGCAAAUUUUCAACACUAAUUCAACUGCUGCGAUUUCGGGUGCGCAUUUGGGAGCAAGAUUGCAAUUAAAUCCACAACCGGACAUUCUUCAAGCUCAGCUAAAUAAUAACUCCUUUCCAGGGGAAAAUUUCGAUUUCACCACUAAACAAGAUAUCAAACCAGACUUAAUUGAUGAUUUUGAUUUUUCACAAUUGAUGAUUACGACAAAUUUUGAAAAUACCAAUUUGGGACCAACGAGAUUUCUUUUGUUUGACAAUUUGCCCUUGUACAUUGAUUCCUGCAAAUUAUUUAUGAUCUUGGUCAAUUCGAAUAAUCAUAAAUCAUUUGGCAGCGUGGUCAGUGUCAAGAUGACCAUAACUACAACUUCAAAAUUGGCAUUGGUUGAAUGUACAAAUAUUGAAACUGCCAUGAAUUUGAAAGCCAAUUUUAAUCAUUUGGAAAUAUCUCCGGGCAAUACAUUGUAUGUUGCAUUUGCUAAAGUUGAAGAACCACGGAUGAUGGAUGUGUAUGACUCGCCAGUUAAAUCGAUUGCUGAACUUAAUUUGAACAACAGCACUCAAGCCAAAAGUCUUCGAGGACAAAGCAAUUCACCACAAUCGGUAUUGUCUAAGCAUGGAUCAAUUUCGUCUGCUGAAAUGAAUGGAAAUGCUAGUCACCAUGCAACAACAUCUACUGGGUUUACCGCUUCCACAACAGCAACAGCAGCGAAUACAAGCAACAUCAUUGAAGUCAUUACCAAGCUUUCAUCAUCGGUAAACUUGAGCAACAUUCGAUCCAUUGUUAACAAAUGUAUUGCCUAUCCUAAUGAAAACUACCGCUCCGAUUUCGGUCCAUUACCUGACCCCAUACCAUCAAGACAAUUUGAUUCACCAACGUUGCGCGAAUUGAGAAAAGUUUUGGAAAACAAAGAGGCUGGUUUAUUUGACCAAAUUGGAGAUUCCAACUUUAGUCAAGUUUCUGUUGAUGAAUUGGCUUUGGCUAUGCUCGAUGAAUUGCCAGAAAUAUGUUAUGACUACUUGGGUAACACCAUUGUGCAGAAGCUUUUUACAUUACUCGAUGAUGAAAAUGAAGAUGUUCAUGGAGGUGGCUCAUUGGUCAAAUUAAUGAUGGUUAAAGAAAUUGCUCCUUAUUUGACCCAAUUAUCAAUCCACAAGAAUGGGACAUGGGCGAUUCAAAAAAUCAUCAACUUGUGUUGCGGCUGUAGCUCAUCAUUACAACAGAUGUAUUUGAUUGGAGCCAGUUUGAAACCAUAUGCUGUUAAAUUGUUUAAUGAUCAAUUUGGUAAUUAUGUAAUUCAAGGAUGUAUUAAAUUUGGAUCGCCAUUUAAUGAUUUUGUGUUUGAGGCCAUGCUUGACAAUUUUCUUGAAAUCAGUUUUGGUCGAUAUGGAGCAAGGUGUAUCAGGACAAUUUUGGAGGGUUGCAACAACAAUAACCAGCAUCAUCAUGAAACGAACGGUAUCAAGGCUGAAGGGACCGUGUCUCAUGAGCAAGUUUUGCUUGCUGCUGGACUAAUUAUUGAAUUUGCAAACGAGCUAGUUGUGAACUCGAAUGGUAGUUUGUUGAUCACAUGGUACUUGGAUACGUUUGACUCACAUAAUGGAACUAAAAUUAAUUUACUCGUUGAUAAAUUCUUGCCUAAUUUGCCAAAUCUUUGUGUUCAUCGAUUGGCCAAUUUGACCAUUUUGAAGAUACUAAACCAUAACACUGCCACCACCACUACCACCACCACCACCACCACUAAUCAUUCAAAUGAUGGUGACGUCAAGCAUGUUCUAAUUGAUGCGAUUUUUGCAAACAUUGACAAUUUGAAAUUCAUCUUGCAAGAACGAAGUGAUGAUAAUAAUUCCAAUGCGGGACCAUUGUUUAUUUAUAAAGUAUUGAGUAACCCCAUACUUGCUGAGUUGACUAGUGGCUAUUUACCCGCGAUUAAGCGGAUUUUAAUGGAGAUUAAUAUUAUCAAUUUUCAUAAUUAUAAAAAGUUGAUGGAUGAAGUUGGAUUGUCGAGUAGUCGAUCAGGGAAAUCCUUUUCAUCAAAGAGAGGAGGUGGUAGUGGUGGUGCAACAUCAGGAGCAACAGGAGGCGGAGCGGGAGUGGGAGGAAGCAGUGGUGCCCAUAAUCUUAAUCAUAAUCAUAGUCACCACGGUAAUGGAAGACGUGGACAACGGAAUGGCAAUGGUGGAGCUUCAAAAUAUGAUUCUUAUCAAAAUCACCACCACCAUCAACAACAUCAACAUCAGCACCAACUACAGAAUCAUCAGCAACAGCCACCAUCAACGGGAAAUUUCCAUUCUCAGCCGCCUCAUAUUCAACAACAGUUUUCCAUGCAACAUAUUCCACCACCACAAUCGUAUCAGUAUGUUCCCCUUGUUCAACCUCAACAACAUCAGUAUGCAACUCAACAACCAUCGGCUUAUAUGAAACAGUACUAUGCCCAACAAGCCAUGGCCCAAGCACAAGCACAAGCACAAGCACAAGCACAAGUACAAGCACAAGCACAAGCACAAGCACAAGCACAACAACAGUAUUAUCCACCACCACCACCACCACCACAACAACAACAACGUGGAGGUUUACUACCAUCACAACAACCACUGCCUCAAGAGUUGGCAGUUAUGCAACAAUUGGAACAGUUAUCAUUGAGUAGUGCUGCAUUGGGCUACAAUUCCAACCCAAGCACACCAACGGUUCAACAAAGAAAUCUGUACAUGUAA